AUGGAUUCAGACGAUUCAGAUAAUUACGAUCAAGAAUUUUGGGAGUUGGUUGAAGAAGAAUUUAUGGACGACAGUGAUGAAGAACAAGAGCUUCAGAAUGAACUUCAAUCUGGAAGUUCCUCUAGGCCAAAGAAAAGAACAACGAUAGAUCGAGGUCGUGAAGAAGGGCAUAAUCGAUUGUUCAAUGACUACUUCUCGGAAAAUCCAGUAUACACAGAUGUUCAAUUCCGAAGAAGGUUCAGAAUGCAUAGGCAUGUAUUUCUUCGAAUUGUAGAUGCCCUUGGAAAUCAUGAUGAAUAUUUCCAAAUGAGGGUCGAUGCAACUGGUAAAAUGGGUCUUUCACCAUUGCAGAAAUGUACAUCUGCUAUUCGUAUGUUGGCGUAUGGGUCUGCUGCUGACAUUGUAGACGAGUAUGUUCGAAUCGGUGAAAGCACUUCAAUUGAGUGCUUACAAAGAUUCGUUCAGGGCGUGAAUGCUGUAUUUGGGGCUGAGUAUUUGAGAAAGCCUAACAACACUGAUGUUGAACAUCUUUUACAAAUGGGAGAGUCACGUGGCUUUCCAGGUUCAAACAAUGACAUUAAUGUGUUAAACCAAUCUAAUGUGUUUAACGAUAUUUUGGAAGGACAUGCUCCCAAUGUGCAAUAUACAAUCAAUGGGACACCAUAUAAUAUGGGGUAUUAUUUAGCAGAUGGUAUAUAUCCUGAGUGGGCUACAUUUGUCAAAACCAUUUCAAUGCCACAGGGAGAAAAGAAAAAGUUAUUUGCUCAACAUCAAGAAUCAGCUAGAAAAGAUGUGGAGCGGGCAUUUGGAGUGCUUCAAUCUCGAUUUGCAAUUAUACGUGGCCCAGCACGUGCUUGGCACAUGGACACCCUCAAGCAUACCAUAUAUGCAUGCAUCAUAUUGCACAACAUGAUUGUUGAAGACGAACGACAUACAUAUGGAGGUAAUUUUGAUUACUCUUAUGAUAAUGUGGAUGACAACAACUCAACAACCGAAACAUUUAGCGGUCCUCAUCCGAAUCUUGCAACAAGACUACAAAGAAGAGCAAGUAUUCGAGAAAAACAAAUCGUCAACUUCAAGGAAAUUUAG